GCUCUCUUCAUCAGUCUGCUAACUAAUCUCUCUUCUCCAUACACAUUCGGUGACUUUUACGAUACGAAUAAAGAGCACAGCAUGGAUCGUGGUGAGGUAUACGCAGCAAACGUGUUUGCUCCAGAGGAGACACUCCACGAUACCAACCAGGAGUUCAUCUCUGCUUUCAAGAACUUCAUCUUGGAGUUCAGAGUCGGUACCGAGUUCAUCUACAGAAACCAGCUGAGGGAGAACCUGCUGGUGAAUGAGUACUCGUUGGUGGUUGAAAGCGACCACUUGAUUGGCUACAAUGAGACGUUGAAUAAGAACUUGAUGGAUGCGCCUUCUGAGAUGGUUCCCUUCUUUGAAAGGGCCAUCACUGACGUUGCGAAGAGGAUUGUGUACCUGGAGCAGUCCAAGGUCCCUGCCAACUUUCCCGUGUGUCAAUUGAUCCUGAGAUCCGGGUCUUCCAAGCUCGCCAUCAGAGAGCUGGACGCAGACCACAUCUCAAAGAUCAUAAGGGUCAGUGGGAUCAUCAUCUCCGCCUCCGUGUUGCACUCGAAGGCCACCAGUGUCCAGAUCAUGUGUCGUUCGUGUCGGAACACCAUGAGAUUGAACGUCAAUUCCGGCUUCGGAGGUGUUACUCUGCCUGCUGUCUGUGCUUCUCAACCAGCUGACGGUGAGAAGAACGAAUGCCCAAAGGAUCCAUAUGUCAUUGUCCAUGAGAAGUCGCAGUUCAUCGAUCAGCAGACGUUGAAGUUGCAAGAACUGCCGGAGAUGGUGCCCGUUGGUGAAAUGCCUAGACACGUGCUGCUCUCUGUCGAUAGAAGCCUUACGAACAAGGUCAUCCCAGGAACUCGUUGUACCAUCACAGGUAUCUACUCCAUCUACCAGGCAAAGGUCAGAGGCGCAGGGGCAGUGGCUAUAAGAAAUUCCUACAUCAAGGUCUUGGGUAUCCAAACUGAUGUGGAUCACAACGCAGCAGGUAAUGUGAUAUUCACGGAGGAAGAGGAAGAAGAGUUCAUGGAAUUGUCCAGAUCUCCACAUCUAUACCAAACCUUUGCCAACUCCAUUGCGCCAUCGAUCUACGGAAACAGUGACAUCAAGAAGGCCAUUGCAUGUCUACUGAUGGGUGGCUCCAAAAAGAUCCUUCCAGAUGGCAUGAGACUAAGAGGUGAUAUCAACGUACUGUUAUUAGGUGAUCCUGGUACUGCGAAGUCGCAGUUGUUGAAAUUUGUCGAUAAAGUCAGUCCAAUCUCUAUCUAUACCUCUGGUAAAGGUUCCUCUGCUGCUGGUUUGACCGCAUCGGUGCAAAGAGAUAAGAACACGAGAGAGUUCUUCUUGGAAGGUGGUGCGAUGGUUCUUGCCGAUGGAGGAGUCGUGUGUAUCGAUGAGUUUGACAAGAUGAGAGAUGACGAUAGAGUUGCCAUUCACGAGGCAAUGGAACAGCAAACCAUCUCCAUUGCCAAAGCAGGUAUCACGACAGUGCUGAACUCACGAACUUCAGUCAUGGCUGCAGCAAAUCCUAGAUUCGGUCGUUAUGAUGAAAUGAAGUCGCCAGGUGAGAACGUGGACUUCCAAACUGCAAUUCUCUCCAGAUUCGAUAUGAUCUUCAUAGUGAAGGAUGAACACAACGAAAGAAGAGAUAUCUCUAUUGCUAAUCACGUUAUGAACAUCCACAUGGGGAAAACAAACCAACAGGAAGUUGAUGGUGAAAUUCCACUAGAAAAGAUGAAGAGAUACAUCUCUUACUGUCGAGCUAAAUGUGCACCAAGACUCUCACCUGCUGCUGCUGAGAAGCUGAGUUCCCAUUUUGUUGAGAUUAGAAAGCUAGUCCAUGAUCAGGAAGCUGAAGCAGAUGAGAGAUCUACAAUUCCAAUCACGGUCCGUCAGUUAGAGGCCAUCAUCCGUAUCUCGGAGUCUUUGGCAAAGCUGGAACUCUCUCCUGUUGCCAAUGAGAGCCAUGUUGAUGAAGCCAUAAGAUUAUUCCAAGCAUCUACCAUGGAUGCAGCUUCACAGGGUAUCACUGCUGUCUCUAAAGAGACUCAAGAGCAGGUGAGAAAGAUCGAAAGAGAGAUUAAGAAGAGAUUACCGGUUGGUUUCGCAACAAGCUAUGCUACUCUGAGAAAGGAAUUCGUUGAUGCUAAGAACUAUAGUGCCUUGGCUCUUGAGAAGGCACUCUAUGGUAUGGAGAGGCAAAAGUCCAUACAAUUCAGAUUCCAAAGACAACAGGUACUUAGAUCUGGUAUCUAAUGCGACUUCAAUUCACUCUACUUCUAUUCUAAUUCUUUUCACUCAAUGGUAUAUAUACGGUAUUGGUCUUCAAAAUCUACAACCUUUGAUCGUGUAAUUAUAAAUUGUGCCUUCAAUUAAACCUUCAAACCCUUUCUUUGGGCCAAUGGUGCAACCAGCUCAGUGGCUCUAUUGAGAGCAUUUU